UGGGGUGGGGGGGGGCGCGAGGGCUCCAACUCGAGGAGAUGUCCAUGUUGCCCGCCUUCGGGUUCACCCAGGAGCAAGUGGCUUGCGUGUGCGAGGUCCUGCAACAGGGAGGCAACAUCGACAGGCUGGGGCGCUUCCUGUGGUCUCUGCCGGCCUGCGACCACCUCCACAAGAACGAGAGCGUGCUGAAGGCCAAGGCCGUGGUGGCCUUCCAUCGCGGGAGCUUCCGCGAGCUCUACAAGAUCCUGGAAGGGCAUCAGUUCCUGCCCCACAACCACCCCAAGCUGCAGCAGCUGUGGCUCAAGGCCCACUACUCCGAGGCGGAGAAGCUGCGAGGGCGCCCCCUGGGGGCCGUGGGCAAGUACCGAGUGCGGAGGAAGUUCCCCCUGCCCAGGACCAUCUGGGACGGGGACGAGACCAGCUACUGCUUCAAGGAGAAGUCGCGCAGCGUCCUGAGGGAGUGGUACAACCACAACCCGUACCCCUCGCCCUGCGAGAAGCGGGAGCUGGCCGAAGCCACCGGGUUGACCACCACUCAGGUCAGCAACUGGUUCAAGAACAGGCGUCAACGAGACCGGGCGUCGGAGACCAAGGAGCGAUACGGGGAAGGCAACGAGAGGGUCCUCUCGAACCCGGGACCACCCUUUGCGGGCGAGGGGGCCUGCGGGUCAGUCAACAACUCCGCCAGGUUCCCCCCCAAUUCAGAAGAUGACGAGACCCCUUCCAGAGCCUCUUCCUCCAGUCCUGGCGGUGGGAUGAUGGUGGUCGCUGGGCCUUUCGAGCCUGGCUCCCUCCAGAGCCUGGUCAACGGAUGUAACGGCGGAGGAGUUGGGUUCGAAAGCGUCAACGUGGAACACCAGUACCCCAUACACGACCCCAUCCUCAACCCAGCCUCACCCAACCUUCUCCAACUGGGCUCCUAGACCAAAGAGAGGGUGACUUUGCCGGGGGAAGACAUUUUGGACUGGGAGAGAGGGAGAGAGUGAGAGGGAGAGAGAGAGAGAGGGGGAAAGUGAGAGACAGAGAGACAGAGACUUGCCUCAACGAAUGGUAGUUCCUCUGGAAGCGUUAUUUUCCUCCCACAAUCCCAAUCGAGGUCUUUCUGUCUCUUCAGACUGACCCGGGUUAAGAGAUUCCUCGUCGAAAGAAGACCGAGGUCCUCCCGUUUCGCCUUCCCACCAUCCUGG